AGAGCGAUGCGGGAAAGCUGUCGGUGCGAGACCAGAGGCUCAACUGCCGUGCUGGGUCAACGCACAACGCAGAGCGGGAGAAGGCAUAUGAUAUUAUAGCUUCGCUACUGAAGAUCCCAUUUCUGACGGAAGUGUCGUCUUCAGAGAACCAACCCUUACCUCCUAAGAUGGGACGUGUUGAUGGUAUUUCUUCACAGCAGAACAAAGAUGAUAACAAACUUAAUUGGACAGAUGUGUUGGACAGAAGUAUCAAAUCAUCAACGUCGAUCGAAAGUUCAGAUGCUGAUGAAGAUCCUUCGCAAAGCACAUCUGAUGAUGGUAACAGGCCUAACUCUGAAGAAAUCAAGUACAAGGAAAUGAUAUUUGGAGAGGAUGCUUUGAAAAUCCCUCCUUCUGCGCCAUACUGUUUGAGUCGCCCGAUCAGGAGAGGCCAUUUUAAUAUUUCUCAGAAUUAUCAGUUACAUCAGGAGGAGGACGCCGACGUUGCGAAUUUAGCGACCGUGUCCGAGGCGAAGGCGCGAGCACGCUGGCGCCGGGAGGAGGCCGACGCCGUCCGCCAGGUCCGCGAGUACGAGGCGAAGCGCUGGGAGGAACACAUUCGCCACGUCAAGCUCGAGAUCGUCGAGCUCGACUCGGAGUAG